AAAGAACACGAGGUGUGAGUCACGCUGCUUUGCAUAUUACAGUAAUUCCAGGAAGUUUUUUUAGGUCGGCUGUUUCCUGCACCUACGCCACCUUGUUUACCGUACUUCGCUGUCGAGCUCGACUUGUCGUUGUCUAUUAAAAACUUGUUUUAAACGAGUAUUCAUAUAACUAUACUGAGGUUUAUGUAGGUUAAAGCGCGAAUAAUGAAGCUGUUGUACCUGAAAGGUGUUGUGUUUUUCACCUUCAUACCUGUAGUGCUAAAUCUCAGACUUCUGGAUGAUGGAUGGUCUCUAAACUGUACACAAGAGGAAAUACAGUGUACAGCAGAGUUCAAUAACUGCAUGUAUAAAGAAUGGCUCAUUCCUUCAGAUUUUACUCCCAGUGGACCAGAUGAUUUAACAGUGAAAGUUGACGUAAGAAGCAAUAUGGAAGGUGAUUUGGAGCCAGUGAUUGUGGCAGAAUGGAAAGCAAAGGAUGAUGGAAGCAUAAUUCAUUUGAAUGGAACAGAGCUUGAUGUGUUGAAGUCGUCCACCAAUGAACAUCUGUGUGUCCAUUAUAGGUUCCUUCAAGCUUUUAAGUCCAUGAGAAAUAAAGCUAGUGAAAAGUGGUCCUUCUUUUUGGAUAAAGUUGUGGUAGAUCCAGACACCACAUAUGUAGUGACUGCCUCCAACCUUCCCAAGCCAAAUUUAGAACACACCAGUUACAAUGUCGAGAGAAAAGUUCAUGUUCCAGGCUGUGACAAUCCUUUAAUGCGAACGACCAAAAUCUGUAUUGAAAGAGGGGAUACAUGGCAACCCAAUAUUACUGUAGGAAGGAGCACAGCUGUGAAUGGCAAGGACGUGCUGUAUGUUGCAUUUAAUCCUGGAGAGAACGCAGAAAAAUAUAUUGUUUUUAUGAAGUGCAACAGGGACAGAAAAAUGGAGACUCUUUAUAAGGGGAACAAGUCAUUACUAAAUGUGACAUUUGACUUGGAGAAGUGGCCACGUACAUGCUGUAAUUUUGAAGUUCAGAUCCAGCCGUUUUUCCAAAAGUGUGCCAACGACUGUCGUCGAAGGACUCACAGUUUUAGCAUAUGUGGUCCUGUACCAACAAGCCCUCCUGAGAACAACUCAGCACUUUGGAUAAUUUGUGCUGGAUUAUGCCUUUUAUUUUGUGCCAUUGGUAUUUGUGCUAUUUAUUUCCACCGCAGGAAACCACCGAAAGAUGGAGGAAAGCCACUGGAAAAACCACCUCUAGAACCGCCAGUUUCAACUGGCCCGCGAUCUGUAUUAAUCAUCUACUCCAGAGAUCAUCCCCUUUAUACAGACAUAGUUCUAAAGCUCUGCGCCUUCCUGCGGGCCAAAUGCGGCACUGAGGUCGUGCUGGACCUACUUGAUACGACUUGGCUCGGCACCAUCGGACGGCUACAGUGGCUUGAGGAAAAAAAGCGAAAGAUUGAGGAGUCGUCAGGUAAAAUCUUGGUUCUUUGCUCCCGAGGAAUGCAAGCCAAAUGGGGGGCGAUGUGUGGAGAACCUCGCAUCCUCCUCCGGGAGGACGUCCGAUCUCCGAUUGGUGAUAUGCUGACUCUCGCCCUUCAGCUGAUUACACCUGAUAUGCAGCGUCCGGCUUCCUACGGGAAGUAUUUGGUGGCUUACUUUGAUGACGUAUGCACUGAAGGCGAUGUGCCAUCUAUGUUUGACAUUGCAGUCAAAUAUAAGCUGAUGAAGCAUUUUGAGGAGAUCUAUUUUCGUAUACUCGAUGUGGAGAAGUAUCAGCAGGGAGUUAAGCACUGUGUUGAGGGUAUUGGAAAGGACGAGUACUUCAAUUGCCCCUCGGGCGAGGCUUUGAGGAAUGCUAUCGAAGCUUUCCAAGCACACCAAAUGAAGAAUCCGGACUGGUUUGAGAACGAGUGCGUUGCCAGCGAGGAGGAAGUGAGAGGGGAAGCCGAUCCACUUCUUGAGAUGCCCAUGCAGCCGAUAUAUGAAUUAACACCGGUGCUAAACAGCGGACUACCGAUCCUUGUGAAGGAGGUAGACAUCAAUCGUGAACCCCAGAGCGUCUGCGCCGUAAUUCCCCAAAUUCAAGAGAACCCUGAAGAGUCGUCCGUGGUGAUUAUUAAUCCGAGAGUCCAGCCAGACCACAGUGAAGUACUUUCCUAUUAUCCAGCAAUGGAACGUCCUCUUGAAUUACCCAGCGUGAUUGAUUUUGGGACACCAGUGGAUCCACAAAUGUACCCGUGUCUCCUUGCUGAACCAGGACCGGUGGAAACCUCACAUCCUCCUUUGGCGUUUCCAAUGGGGGAACUGUCAGAUAAUUGUCUGACGGACAGCAGAAAGCGCUUUUUGAUAGCACCUCCACCCUCAAUGGAAGACAGCUUCCAUCUGUAUCAGGAGAUGGACAUGUCCCAGCCGGUGGAGAUGGAGGAAAGUGAAAUGGAGGGCGCUUCUGAGACGAGACCCUCACGAGGGUCCGAUCAGGGAUAUGGUUCCAGGUAUUCCACAGUGAGGGAGGACCCCAAGUUGCAGCAAGACCUUUCCUCUCUGGCCAAGUUACAAAUGGACCUCUUCCUAACCAGCCCAAUCUCUUCUGGUUUCUGCACCAAAACAGUGGAGACCUGAAUUUCUUGUGUGUCUAUUGGCUGUUUUUUGUAGGGUUGCGUCGAUAAAUUGAUGCAGAAUCAUUUCUCGAUUUCCGAAUGCAUCGCGUUUCUCUUCCGGAUCUGAGCUUAGUUUUGAACAGCAGAUGGCACUGCAUUCUUUAGAAACAACCAUACUCUGCUUGGUUCUUGUGCCUUACACACACUUGAAACUAAAAUAAUCGUUCAUUCAGUUCAAAAAGGUUGAAUGAAUUACAAGGGUGUUCACAGUGGGCUGCAUUUACAUUAAUCUCACAUCAUAAAUGCAUUCUAAGCCCAGGCGCAAUUCUUCAACUCUUCAGCGCUUUUCCUUGAGGGCAUUUGAGUGUGUGGUUAAAAACUAGGAUAGAACGCCAUCUUCUGUUUAAAAUUAACCCCAGAAUCGAUUCCAGAGAGAAUGGCCCUGUCCCAAAUCAUACCCUAUAUCCUCGCAGUCUUCUUCUGAGUCCACAGUUUUGUGACAUAAUGCUGCUUUGACUGUCAGGAAGUCUGCCAGCAGAAGUGCGCAUCAAGGGCGCACAGCGGGCCGCAAAGGGAGCGCUCACGAGUACCCUUCUGAAAGCUAAAACAAAGAAUGGGACACCCUAUGGUUUUGUGGACUUAACGGACACGUACAUGCGGUGGCCAUUGCAAGUCUGCAAGACCGUAAGUGCACAUGAAGUGUGCCAUUUGGGACAGGGCCAGUGUGUGCAGUUAAAAACUAGAUUAGAGUGCCAUCUGCUGUUAAAAACUAACCUCAGGAUCGAUUCCAGAGAAAAUGGCCCUGUCCCAAAUCGCACCCUAAACCCUCGUGGUCUUCCUCUGAGUCCACACUUUCGUGACAUAACGCCGCUUUGACUGUCGGGUGGAAGUCUGCCGCAGAGCUCGCUUCAGUGCAGGCUCAGCAGAAGUGUGCAUCGAGGGUGCAUAGUGGCCACAAAGGGGGCACUCGCGAGCAUCCUUCUGAAAUCCAAAAUGAUGAAUGGGACAACCUACAGCAGUAUUUCUCAACCA